AUGUCUGCCAUGAGAAUGCAGCAUUAUGCUACAUUUCUUCAGUCAUUCAACUACGAAAUCAAGUUCAGGCCUACCGGACAACACUACAAUGCCGAUGCUUCCUCGCGUUCACCCCUGAAGGAGAAAAUUACGGAGAAUAUCUGCGAAGAGACGGACUGCCUGGAAGUCAACAUGAUCAAGACAUUGCCACUGACCGCAGAGGAGCUCGUUAAAGACGACCAGUCUUUGAGAGUACUGCUAGAAGGUUUGCGGAAUGGGAUGACCGUCGAACCUAGAGACAGUUUCGGCGUUGAACAACAGGAGUUUACGUUGCAGAAAGGUUGCGUCAUGCGAGGAAUUCGAGUUUACAUUCUUCCGUGCUUGCGAGUGAAAAUGCUUGCCGAAUUACGCUCUACACAUUUCGGCACAAAUCGAUUGAAGGCGUUCGCUGUGAGGGGAAAAGAUUGA